GACCGCUAGUAGAGACGGCGCUAUCGAUAACGGUUUGCCAGCGUUAACAUCGCCUCAUCGUCACUCUCCACCCUCUCUCAUCAACCACCAACGACCGCAAAACAACCCUCUCACCACCCACCACCUCCACCCACCCUCCACCCCGCCAAAAUGAACUCCGUCGCCUCCAAACGCCUCUUCCAAGAGUACAAGCAACUCACCCUCAACCCCCCGGACGGCAUAACCGCCGGCCCCGUCAACGAAGACGACCUUUUCGUCUGGGAAGCCCUAAUCCAAGGCCCCGAAGACACGCCCUACGCAGGCGGCAUCUUCCCCGCCGAGCUCAAGUUCCCCAAAGACUACCCGCUCAUGCCGCCGACCAUGAAGUUCCUGUGCGACAUUUGGCAUCCCAACGUGUACCCCAACGGCGUCGUGUGCAUUUCCAUUCUGCACCCGCCGGGCGAGGAUCCGAAUCAUUAUGAGCAGGCUUCGGAGCGCUGGUCGCCGAUUCAGAGUGUGGAGAAGAUUCUGAUUAGUGUUAUGAGUAUGAUUGCGGAGCCGAAUGAUGAGAGUCCCGCGAACGUGGAUGCGGCGCGGAUGUGGAGGGAGCGGAAGGGGGAGUUUGAUAAGAGGGUCAAGAUGGAUGUCAGGAGGAGUUUGGGUUUGUGAGUGUGCGAGGGUGGUCUGUGGCUUAGCGUGGUGUUCUGGGGGGUCUUUAAGAUGGGCAUAAGACGAUGUAUACUUGACUGGGUUGGCAAGUCAUCGGUGUGAAGAGUGGGA